UUUAGAUAUUGCUGAUUAUUCAAUUUCAGCAAAUGUUUUCACUCUCUAACCUAUCAUCUUCUUUGUUACAUUUGAAUGAUAUCCUAGAAUCUGUUCAAUCUUAUGUGGGCGUUUUGGAUGGUGUUGGUUCUGGCUCAUUGCCAACUACAAGAUGGUGAAGGAGCAGAUACUGUUCAAGGCAUUGGUGUGAAUUGGGGUGCAAUAGCAUCUCAUCCCAUGGAUCCUCCCAUUGUGGUGAACAUGCUGAAGGACAAUGGAAUUAAAAAGAUAAAGCUCUUCGAUGCGGAUUCAUGGACUGUAAGUGCUUUUUCUGGCACGGACAUUGAAGUCAUGGUUGGAAUUCCUAAUGAUCAAUUGAAGAAACUGUCCAAAAGUAAGGAUGAUGCCGAAGAUUGGGUUAAGCACAAUGUCUCCAAACAUAUGCAUGAUGGAGGGGUCAAUAUCAGAUAUGUAUCUGUUGGAAAUGAGGCGUUCUUGACAAGUUACAAUGGUUCAUACAUAGGGAUCACAUUUCCAGCAAUGGUAAAUAUUCAAAAGGCUAUUGAUAAGGCUGGUUUGGGAGACAAAGUCAAGGUGACAACAGCUAUAAAUGCUGAUGUAUAUGAGUCUGGUUCAAACAAGCCAUCAGAUGGAAAUUUCCGCAAGGAUAUUUAUGAUGUUAUGAAACAAAUAGUGCAAUUUCUUGAUGAAAGAAACUCACCUUUUGUUGUCAACAUAUACCCUUUCCUAAGUCUAUACCAAAAUGCAGAUUUCCCAAGUGAUUUUGCCUUCUUUGACAGCACAGGCAAAACAAUUGAUGACAAAAAUGCACACUAUAGCAACAUGUUUGAUGCAAAUCUAGACACCCUUAUUUGGUCGUUGAAAAAACUCGGUCACCCGAACGUGACAAUUGUGAUUGGUGAAAUUGGAUGGCCGACUGACGGUGACAAAAAUGCCAACUCAAACAAUGCAAAAAAAUUCUACCAAGGAUUCCUUAAGAAAAUGGCGAAUAAAAAAGGAUCGCCGCUACACCCGGGGCCAAUGACUGCAUAUUUGUUUUCUCUCAUGGAUGAGAACCAGAAGAGCAUUGCGCCCGGUGACUUUGAGCGUCAUUGGGGAAUCUUUCGCUAUGAUGGAAAACCGAAGUUUCCUGUUGAUUUUUCAGGGAAGGGAGAAGAUAAAAUGCCUGUAGCAGCAAAAGGGGUUCGCUACCAAGAGCAUAAGUGGUGUGUUCUUAAAAAAGAUGUUAAGAACAUGAGUACAUUGGAUGGACCACUAAGUUAUGCUUGUGCUGGUGGUGAUUGUACAAGCUUAGGCACUGAUUGUUCUUGUGGUAAAUUGAGUGCAGCUGGGAAUGCUUCAUAUGCUUUCAACCAAUAUUUUCAAAUCAAUGACCAAAGUGUUGAGGCUUGUGAUUUUGAUGGGUUGGCUACUAUUGUAACAGAGGACCCUUCACAAGGAAGUUGCAUAUUCCCUAUUGAAAUCAUUAGCAAUGGAAACAUGCUCAAAGUAAUGCACAAGGUGGGAGGCAUUUUGCUUGCAUUUGCAUUGAUUUUCACGACAAUAGUCUGAAGUUAUGUCGCUAGAAAUUAAGGAGGGGAUUAGUGAUGAUAGGCUUAAUUAGUUUACAGGAUAUUGUAAAAACCUUUAUAGGAGAAAAAUAGUGAUAUAAUUGUAGAUAUGUUACAUUUCAUAUUUUCCAAAUAUUUCUAGUUUUCAACCAUCAAUGAUAUGAUGUAUAUAUAAAUUAAAAUAAAAUCCAAACUCACUGAUA